AUGUCUUCUUCAGAGUUGAAUACUGAUGAAGGUGAAGUUUUCGCUUCAAAAGAGGUAACUACACAAGUAUUCCAGAAACUAUCUGGUAAGUUAGAAAACAGAGUCUGUUUUGAUUGUGGUAAUAAAAAUCCAACUUGGACUUCUGUGCCAUUUGGUGUUUUAUUGUGUAUUCAAUGUUCUGCUGUCCAUAGAAAUCUAGGUGUUCAUAUUACAUUUGUUAAAUCUUCCACUCUAGAUAAAUGGACUAUAAAUAAUUUAAGACGUUUUAAACAUGGUGGUAAUCUAAAGGCCCGUGAAUAUUUCUUGAAACAUAACGGUAAACAACUAUUGAAUACUUCCAACGUCGAUGCUCGUACUAAGUACACUAGUCCUGUUGCUAAGAAGUACAAGGAACAUUUGGAGAAGAAAGUUCAAAAAGAUAUCGAAUUGUAUCCAUCAGAAUUAGUUUUAAAUGAUGUUGCAGAUGAUGAAUUAGGCAGCAGCACAUCUACCGAUUCAUUGGCUAUCUCAAAGGAAAGCAGCGUGGACGAUUUCUUCGCCAAUUAUCAAAAGCCUGUGGAUGGAAGCUCAACUCCAAAGGGUUUGACACCAACUACUAGCUCUUCACAAUUGAAACAAACAAAUUCGAGAUCUUCGAUUUUGUCCGGUAGUGGUAACAGAAGAAAGGUAACCACUACUUCUAGUGCUGCUUCCGGUGCCAAGAAACAUUCUAUCUUAUCUUCAUCAAGAAAACCAACAAGAGUCUCAGCUAACAAAGUUGAUAAAUCCCAAGCUGACGAUUUGUUCGAUCAAUUUGAAAGAGAUGCAGCUGCUGAAAAAGUCGAGUUACAAUCAAACAGCUUCACCACCAACAACAACAGCAAAACUUCUUUCCAAUCUGGCGGUAAUUCUAGACCAGGUAGUAUUAGUACUUACAAAGCCAGAACAAUGGGUAAAAACGAAUAUAAUGAUGAUGAAACUGAUGAAUUCAAAAAAUUCUUAAAUAAAGCUGAUGACUUAAAUGACAGUUAUACCAAUAAUGGUCCAGUAGAACAACUACAACCAAAGCUUGCGAAGUUAGGAUUUGGUAUGGUUGGUAAUGAUGCUGAUGAACUAGCUAAGGAACAUAAAGAUUCUGUAAGAGCAGCUUCAGGUCCAAAAUAUACCGGUAUGAUUGCAACCAAGUAUGGUCAGCAAAAGGGUAUCUCUUCUGAUCAAUUAUUUGGCCGUGGUUCCUUUGAUGAUGAAGCUUCCCAAGAAGCUAAACAAAAGUUAAAGACAUUUGAUAAUGCUACAUCUAUUUCUUCCGCAUCUUACUUCGGCGAAGAAGAAGAAGAAGGUGAAGAAGGUCUUGAUAGAUUUGGUUCUAAUGCUAGUUAUGGUAGUUAUAACAAUGCCAAUAACAACAACAAUGCAGGAGGUUUCAUUGAUUUCAGUCUAGGUACUGAAGAUGAUUUGCAAGUAUUGAAAGAUGCUGUAGAAAGAGGUGCUCAAAAGUUGGGUGAUUACUUGAGAGAUUAUUUGAGAAACUGA